UUUUUUUGUUUAACCAAAAUCAGAAGUUAUCAGCAAUUCUAUGUGAGGAUGCCCUGGGGUUUUAAGCAAAUUCUUCUGUAUUUCAUUGCAUUACUUAGAUGCUUGGACACUCUGAGAUAUCCCCACUCUGGGUUUUGCUCUGCAGUCCCCCCAGGGACACAGGACAGAGGUGGGUGGCUGAAGAGGGAGAUGAGCAGCCCCAGCAGGGUAUAAUCUGCAGGGCCAUUCUGCACAAGGCCAGUGAUAACAAUUGAGCAAGAGAAGGCAAUGCUGAGGGGAGAGAGUUGUCCUGAGGUGAUUAAAGACCAGUCGUGUUAUCACAGCAGAGCACUCCUUGUACACCAGCACUGGGCUGUCAUGUUAAAAUUUCAGUGUGCCUGCUUCAAAAUAUAAUUUUACUUUCUCAAAUAAUAAAUUAUAGGCCUAUCUGUCAUUCCCAGCUCUUGGACAUUUAGUUGUAGUUAGCCUUGUCAUUUAAAGCAAUGAUUGCAAGUUCUUCAAGCGCUGGUAGGAAAUUAAAGAGUAAAGCCAGGAUUUAGAUUCCACUUUUCAGACUUCCAAAAUGUAAUAUGCCUCAAAUAUUUCAGAGUUAGAGCAGAUAUAUGGCCCCCCUUAUCCACAGUAUUCUGCUUGAGGGGAGGCAAUUCCUGUGGAUAAUACAGGCCCAUGGGGAAAGUUAUCCCUGAUCUCACAGUGAUGCCACUCAAUUGGAUUUACAAUCAGGGCUGUUGGAAAUUAGAAUCCCACUUUUACAAUUAGCUAAUAAGUCUGUUGCUUGCUUCUUGUUUAAAAUUAGAAACUCUGGUAGCCAGCUUUUCGAACAGAUUUUGGAUUUAAAAAGACCUACAUUAAUUUUAAAAAAAAAUCCCCUUUGGUGAUUUCCUGACAAAGAUUCAUGACCUGCCCAAAGGCUGACAUUCUGCAGUGGAGUUGUGGAUCAUCAUGAGAAGCAGCAGCAGGAGAGGAAGGCAGGUUUGGUGGGGUUUCCCAGAGGACAUCUUCACUAGUGGCCCUGUGACAGGAACAGCAGCAAUCGUGUUGUCCAACUCCUGGCAUUCCUGAGGCCAGGAGCCCAUGGGUGGCUGGAGCACUGGGAUGAAGAAUUUGGCUGAGAGGUUCAUGCAAAGCUGGGUCAUUUUCCAUGUCACGUUGUGUUGAGGAGCAGAUUUCUCCAAGCAGCAAUCCCCAGCACAGCCCUGAUCCUGAGUGAGCAGUGAGCUCCUUCUAGCAAACCACUGUCACAUUUUGGCUGCUGUGGCAUUUGAGAUAGCGCAGGAGUAACUCUCAGAAAAUUAAUUCAAAUAAUUCCACAAUGAUUUCAGUGAUGAUGAAUCCUCCUGUGCAGACAUCACCCUGUGUGCACACAAACCUUAAUCCUGCAGUCACAGAGGAGCAAUGCCCAGGUUACACAGAAUUGGAAGGAGUCCUGAUGGUCUGUGCCUUAUCCCUGUGUUUAUCUGGGUCACAGCUUGGUUGAGUAACCCCUGAUUAAAAGCACUCUCACUGAGGAGAGCUUGGAGCACUGCCAUGCAACAUAUAAGAGGCAGCACUUUGGGGAGGAGACAAAAACAUUAUGUAAAUGGAUAUUUCACAACAGCAUCUAUAUUUUCAAAGUAAAUUUUCUAUGAGAAGACUGCAGGUUUUGGAAAUGUAUGUAGCAAGGGAUGAUGAAUACAGCCUCUCCUGGUACUGCCAUCCAUUCAAGCUGUAAAACUGAAUACCAUGCUGUCCUUGCCUGGCUCUGCCUGUGCUGUCAGUGGCACUUUGAACUGCAGACUGCACUGCUCUGCACCUGUGUAGCCAGAGUGAGCUCUGGGUUUUCAGGGCAUGUGUAUGGCACUGUCAAGGGGAAGGUAUACAAAGAGUCCUCUGAUAAUAUUCCCUGUGGUAAAACAAUUGUCUUCCUUGUGUCUCAGAUGAGUCCACUUUUAUAUCCCCUGUUAAAGUGAGUGAAUUACCCAGCCCAUGGUCAGGAGGACUGAGGGGGAGCUGUGGCACUGAACACAAUCUGAAAUUAAAUCCCAGAGGAGUUGUUGGCCUCCACGGAGGGGAUGAUAAUUCAAGAUCCCCAAACCCAGCCAGGCUUGCAGACUCAGAGACCCCAAGUGCUUUGUGCCUGCCUUUUGGGAAAGCCCAAGGUUUAUUCUAACUUGUGUGACAGAUGGCACGCAGAGAAGCUUAAAUUAGAGCCAGUGCAGAGUACAAGGGGUGGGUCAGAGUCCUUCUGCAAGUGCCACUUGCCCCAGCAAAGUGGGGACACCAGAGGACACAGAAGUUGCUGUCUGACCCCAUCCCUGGUUCUGACCCUACCACGGGCUCAUUCCCAGCUGAGCCCAGGAUGCAGUGGCAGGGGCACAGCCCCAGGAGAGUGGUGUCUCUUUGUAGUGUAUGGAUCAACUCCUCCAGGCUAUGGAGUCUACCCAAAGAGAGACCUAUGCCCAUGUGACAGCACAGAAGAGAUCCCUGCCAUACACACACACACACACACACACGGGUGCCACCUCAAAGCCAGCACCUUUCCAGCAGCACAGCACAGCUCCCUGUGGCUCCUGAGGGGCUCCAGUGGCCGCUCCUGUGUGACACCAGUGCUUUGGCACAGCUGCCCCAGUCCAUGCACCACCCAGGGAUCUUUAUCCCUAGAAGGGCUUUCCCUUUAGCAGGAUGACCAUGGCUGGGGAACACCCUCUGUGGCAGUGGGUAGUGCUGCUGCUGUCAAAUGCAGACACAUCUCUGGCUGAGCCACACCAACCUUCUCCACACAAGUGUGCAGGGCUGCUUGGGCAGAGAACAUUAUCUGACUCCUCUGACUGUACCAGCCAGUGCUCUUUGCACAGCUGCCAGCUCUCAGUGGUGUCUGAUGUCUGAGGCUGCUGUAGUUUAUCAGUGUGGCAAAGAGAUUUACCUCUGCUUUAUGUGCUGGCAGGAUAUUUACUGCCAGAGGUUCUGCAGAAACCAUCUCCAGUAGGGUAUUUCUUUGACACUUUGCCCACUUAUCUGUGAUUACAGACCUGUGCUGGUCUUUGUUUUGCUUGUUUGGUCCUUCACCCAGCCAGGGCCCGUGCCCUGAUGGUACCAACCAUCUGCUGUGGGACCAGGAGCUCUUGUGCAUGUCCAGCACACAGCACAGCACAGCCAGCACUAACAGGAGUGCUGAGGGCUAUUUUACAGUGCAGGCAACAACUAACAGUAACAUCACAAAGUUAGAAAGCAAAGAUGUGCAGACUGAGGAUUAUAAAAAAAGAAAUCUGACUGGGUGUUCUCUCACACACACUUUUUCCAGUACCAUACUCAAUUUCACAAACUCUCUAUUCCUGUAUACAAAGUAAUCCUUACUACCAGUGUUAUCACAGCAGCAAUUGUAAAGUGAGUCCCUAAUUCUUUGCAAGAGGCUGGCAAAGUGAACUCGUGAAGCAAAUGGCAAAAUCUGCACUUACUCUUAAAAAAUCAGGAUUUCAUUUCUCCUCUGAACUGCACUACAGAUGUCCCAGCCUGUCCCUACCACUACCUACAAAGCAUUUUAUGUGAAAUAUUGCACAUGUUGCAGCCACAAAUGCUGGAAGUGGCUGGGUCAGAAAGUUGUGAGCCACACCUGUGAGCCAAGGGAGGAAAUGCAGAUUCCUCUCCAGGCUCCUCAGCGUGCUGGAGUCCACGCUCCUCAGCUUAGAGAUGUGUCCUAAGGCCUCAUCAGUGGAAUUUUGCAGCAUUAUCUCUCUGUUCAUGUAUCAAUACUUGUGCAGACAAUUUCUUUGGAGCACACAGCCGUCAGGUUAAGAAGCAAGAGGCUGAUAAGGCCAGCAGGCAAGGAGGACAGUGUGCUGACCCUAGCCAAGGUAGCUAUUGCUUCUCGGCAGAUAAGUGUCCCCCACUCCACAGCGGGCCUCUGGAGUGACCAAUGAGUGUGGGCAGGCACCAAGGUCCUCUCCCCCUUCCCCUUUAUAACCAGGGCUGCCAGGCUGGUGAGCCCAAACCUGCUCUGAGCAGUCGCUGCGAGGGGGCAGAGCCAGCACCUCCUGCACAAUGACGCUGACCCAAGCCGAGAAAGCCGCCGUGGCCACCAUCUGGGCCAAGGUGGCCACCCAAGCUGAUGCCAUUGGGGCAGAAUCCCUGGAGAGGCUUUUCUCCAGCUACCCCCAGACAAAAACCUACUUCCCUCACUUUGAUCUGAGCCAAGGCUCAGCUCAGCUCCGUGGCCACGGCUCCAAGGUCAUGAGUGCCAUCGGGGAAGCUGUGAAGCACAUCGAUGACAUCCGCAAGGCUUUGGCCAAGCUCAGCGAGCUGCAUGCUUACAUCCUCAGGGUGGACCCCGUCAACUUCAAGCUGCUUUCCCACUGUAUCCUGUGCUCCGUGGCUGCCCACUACCCCAGUGACUUCACCCCAGAAGUUCAUGCUGCGUGGGACAAGUUCCUGUCCAGUGUUUCCUCUGUUCUGACGGAGAAGUACAGAUAAAUGACCUCAGCAGAGGGUGAGGGAGGCCCAUCCGCAGCCCAGCCCUGCUGCUAGGCUCUGGGAUAUCAUCCCUUCCUGGGCAGCUCUUUAAAUCCCUGCUGCAGGGGCUCAGUCAUCUGCAAAACUCAAUAAAUAAUUCAAAUGUGAGCUAUGGUCUCUGUGCUUUCCUCUUGGUGUGUUCUGCCCACUCCUGACUGUUCAGGCAGGGGUGUUCUGAAAUGUCUACACAAUAUGGAGGGGGAAAUAUUAAACUUCAUAAACUCAUGUACUAAUUCAUAUACUAAUGAACUCAUACUAAUUCAUGUGCCAAUUCAGUGGGGGUAACAUAACAUUCAGUGGGAGCAAUAUAGCAUUGAGCAGAAGCCCAGAACGGGCUGGAGCCCUGUGACUGCAGCUGCUCACCAAGGUGUAUCCACCACAGGCUUUCUCCAGGCUGAGCAGGAAAGAGUCUUUUACCCUGCUAGGACCUAUCCAAAACCCAUCCCAGCCUGUUGGGAACCAGACCUGCAUUGCAAAGCAGGGCAUUGUCCUCUCAUUGUGUCUCUCUCCAUGGGGUAGGGAUGUGGUAUCUGAUGUGCUUCUUCUGUGAGUUAACCCCACUGUGCAGCCACUGCACCCCAGCUGCUCACUCAUCUCCCCCCCACAAUGGGAUGAGGAGAAGGGCAAAGGAAGAUAAAAGUAAGAAAAAUUGGGGGUCAAGAUCAAACAGAAAUAAUUGCUUAGUAAGUGAAGACUAAGUGGAAGCACAGGCAAGAAAACAAAACGGGAUGCAAAGGCAAUCACUCACCACAUCCCAUGGGUAGGCUGAUGUUCAGCCAGUUCAUGAGCAAAAACUAUAAAUAACCCCCUAAAACUCCCUCAGACCCCUUCUUUUCCCUUUGAUUGCUGACCAUGGUGCUACAUGGCAUGAAAUACCUCUUUGAUUAGUUGGGCCUAUCUGCCUGGCUGUGUCCUUCCCCAGCACCUCAAAAUCUGUUCCCUGGGUGGGGGCAGAGUGAGCAGCAGAGACAGUCUUGAUGCUGUGCAAAUGCUGCUCAACAAAAUCUGGAAGAUCAGCCUUUUACUGGGGCAGUUUGGCCGAAAACCUGAAGCACAGGACCAUGUCAGCUCCUGUCCCAGAGACUUCUGGCAUGAAACGGGGUGCAAAACCUUCAGCCUGCUCUGAUGGCCACCCUGAGCCAGCACUGCAGGUGGCAGUCCCUUGCCUCAUCCAUGGCACUGAGGGAAUGUGUUUGGACAAGGAAUGUAUUUAGAUGGCUCUAAACAUCUAAAUGUCACCACAGCAGCUUUUAAAGCAUUCUGCAUCCACUGGUGCCAGGUAACCUGGAGGUUUAAAUCCAUGACUUAUGUGCUAGGUCAGCAUCUGGCGUGUCCCUUACCCUGCGUUUGCACCAAAUCCUUCCCACAGAGGCUGAGAGAAGGAUGUGAGAGUCAGAGGAAAUGGCCUCAAGCUGUCCCAGGAGAGGCUUAGGUUGGAUAUUAGGAAACAUUUCCUGACUGAAAGCCUUGUCAGGCACUGGCACAGGCUGUCCAGGGCAGUGGUGGAGUCCCUGGAGGGAUUUAGCAGAUGUGUAGAUGUGGCUCCUGGGGACCUGGUUUAGUGUUGGCCUUGGCAGUGCUGGGGGAAUGGUUGGUCUCAAGGAUCCUAGACAACAUUUAUAGGAUCCUUUAAGGAAGAUCCUCUUAAUGAUAAUGGAUCCUUAAGGAUUCAUUAAGGGGAUCCUUUUCCAACAUUGAUAAUUUGAUUAUUCUAAAAUUCUGUUAUUGUAUGAGCAGACACCAUGGGGCCUGAGGGAUUUCCCAGCAUUUAUGGGGAGAGGCAGGAGCACACAUUGGGGUGGGAAGAAGGGAAGGAGUCCAAGACUGACAAGCAUCACAGGAUGGACUUUGGGAAGACCAUGAACCCAAAGAGGAGGUUGUUCCCUGCCUGGAUUUCUCUGGGAGGCCUUGUCCAUGGCUCCUACUGAGAGGCCAUGGGGCUCUUGGGGCAGAGAGGGGCUGGAUGUGCCAAAGUCUGGAGGGGACAUGGGACACUUGUGGGACCUACCUCAACACCCCCAGAGCCAAGGAGGACGCUGGCCCAUGCGUGGAGAAUGAUGGAUCACAGCAGCAGGUUUGGGGACGUGCCAGCCAGGGUGGACAAGGAUGUGGCACCCAUGGGACAUGCCUGGGGCUGCUGCUGUCCAAGAGGCAGCCUGGAGAGGUGCUGCCCCCUGCCCCAUUGUGGUGCUGGGCUGGUGCAGUGGGGCAGG